UCCCCUACAACAGCAAGGCUGUUUUGAGACCCAAUCAAAGGGGUUGUCUAAGAGGGAGCUGCAUAUUCGAACACCUUCACUGCACUGAAGAUUUUGUACAAGACAUUCCACCAAGAGCGCUGAGUUUUGGUUUAUGUGGCUUGUCAGUCUAUGCUGAUCGUCUUAGUCGGUGCAGUGCCAGAAUAUCUUAUUGACAAUGAAGAUAUCUCAGCCAGCAAAGAGGAAUAUACCAAGCAUUUACAUGAUACUAAUAACUUCACUUCUAUCGUUUCAGAGUGGCACUUAAUCAAGAAUGAAGCAUACAAAGUUAACUUGGCAUCGUCACUGUUUUUUGCGGGUCUCCUUAUUGGAAAUAUACUAUUUGGGCCCUUAUCUGACAAACUAGGAAGAAGGCCAGUAUAUUUAUCAGGCCUAUUUUUUGACAUCACCUUUGGCUACUGCACUGCUCUGGCACCCAGCUAUGAAGUGUUUGCUGUUUCGCGUUUCUUUGUUGGGAUCAUGAAUGGUGGCAUGGCUCUGGUAUCAUUUGUAUUAACACAAGAAUACGUUGGAAAAUCGUACUGGGCACUGACCGGUUCUUUAACCAAUCUCAUAUUUGCGGUUGGUAUAGCUUUUUAUGCUUUGCUGGGAUUUUACAUCAGAAAUUGGCGGACACUUGCAUUUGUGGCGAACUCUCCGGGAAUUUUCUUUUUUCUACUGUCUUUUUUACUGCCUGAAUCCCCAAGAUGGCUGUAUUCCCAUGGGUAUACCACUGAAGCAGAGGGAGUACUGCAAUCCAUGGCUGUGGGGAAUGGAGUAGAAAGGCCAGUUGUGAAACUAAAAUCGUGUCCAGGUACUAGUUCCAAAUCAGCACACAGUGUCUUUGACUUGGUGAAAUACGGAGUACUUCGCUGGAGAACAAUUUUAUUGAUGUAUAUAUGGUAUGUUUGCAGUUUGGUUUACUACGGCUUGACCUUGAAUGCAGGAGAACUGAAAGGCAAUCUUUACCUGAAUGUAGCACUAUAUGGCCUUGUUGAAGUUCCUGCCUUUCCAUUGUGCCUGUAUUUUAUUGAGAAGUCAUGGUCUGGGAGAAGAAAAGCAACAGCUGGAUUUUUGGGUUUUGCUGGUUUUGCCUGCAUCUUUACAAUAUUCUUACCUGAAACUAAUGGUGAUUUACUAAAUCCAACAGUCCUUGCCUUAUUUGGAAAAUUGUCUGUCAGUGCAGCCUUCAAUGUGGUGUAUAUUUAUACGUCAGAGCUUUAUCCAACAGUAGUAAGGAAUGCAGGCUUGGGAGUUUGUGCAAUGGCGUGCAGAUUUGGCGGCAUCCUUUCUCCUUUCAUCCCUACAAUGAAAUCUCUUAAUCCAUCAAUGCCAUUUGUGGCAUUUGGAAUCAGUGGCAUAUCAGCAGGAAUCCUGAGUCUCUUACUGCCAGAAACACGCAAUAAACCCAUUGCAGAAAGCAUCGAAGACCUGCAGUCGCCUGCAUACCAAUUAUUAAGCAGGGGAAAUGAAGUUCUGGCAAGCACCUGAAUAAAAGAGAAUACUGUGUAUGUAAGGAUAGGAUUUGCAGGGACCACAGUGUUUAUUAACAAAAAAUAGAAAAACAUCUGAAGAAGAAUUAAAAACUGGAGUUACAGUUCCCAGAAGGAUAAUAUUUAGCAUUGCUGUGUACAAGCUCUGUGCCCCCUCCCCCCCCCCCCCCAAUCCAAUCCACUUGGAGAGUUUGCAGCUCGUACAAUCUAUUUGAACAGUAUUCUAUUAGAUGAGAUGUUGUGUGAGUUAUUGCACCUAUGGGUAGGACAAUCAAUUUAGCAACAUCUCGUAGGAAAGGCAUUUUUAUGCCUCACUCGCUUUUGGCAAACCUGCUGUAAAACUCCUGUGUCCUCUGUUUUAUGGGAUUUGUAAAAUAGUAUAUUUAAUGAAGACUGAAGAGACAAAUCAUGUAAAUACCAUAUAUCAGCAGCAAAGUGAAUAGGCCAUUUUCAAGGUCAGACUUAAUAGUUUUUUAAACAGUUUUUUAAUGUAUCCUCUCCUAUAUGGCGGGACCUAAUAUUUCCCUGGUAUUUUGGCCGUGUUUUUAUAAAUCCACAGUAUAAUUUUUUACUCUCUUUAAGAUAUUUUAUACGGUUAUUGUAUGGGUUGUAAAGCUCAAGCUUACAUAAAAUAUAAAGUAUUAAAUUAGCUUUUUAGUCUUUUUGUUGACAUUAGGUUACUGUAUAGUGCCCAAAAGGCAGUUAUACAGCACCUAUAAUACAAGGCUGCCUAUCUACAGAGACUUUUCUGUUCCUAAUAACUCAUUUCUACCUUAAAGGUUUGGUUCAUCUUUAAGUUAACUUUUAAUAUGUUUUAGAAUGUCCU